GUCAUCCUACGGUUGCAGGUAUGUGGGUAAUGGUUAAAGUGCAUAACACUCAGCCAUUAGGGCCAAAGUGGGAAGGUCCAUAUCAGGUCCUCCUUACUACACCCUCUGCUCUAAAAUGCCAAGGAAACGCAAAAUGGAUACAUGUGAGCCAUACCAAGGUGGAGCCACCACCUGAUGGUGAUGGCUAGUUUAGGGAUAAAAUGGGUGACUCUGGUUGGGAGAUGCUCUGAGGAGGAACUAUGAUGUUUAGGUCAUGGGGGUCAACCUCAAGAGUGAAGAUCUUCCUAAUUCCCCUUUGCGACUAGCGCUCCCCUACUCCCAGCAGAGGCCAGGACCCAGGUUAGGUAGGGAAAGAAGGAUAUGCCCAGAGCAGACCUGACACUGUGACGAAGGAACAGGACAUCAGACGGGUUCCUGAAUGGUGGUCGACGAACUGACAUCAAAGCCUAUCUAGGUCCCCUGACGCUGCCCUGUGAGCUGUUUGGACACAUCAACACUUUCCCCCUAUAUUCUGGAAGAGAAGACGGCUACCACUGCAACAAGCUGCAUAAUAAAAAGACUUUUAUAACAAAAAGGGAAUAAAGAAGAAUGAAAUCUGUAGUUUUCAUAAACAUCCUGACAACAGCUUUUGCAGGCAUGAUGGAGGAUGUUUGUGACCACAACAUGGUCUGUGCUCAGGCCAUCCUGUGGACACAAAAUCAUACCUUAGGAGGUGAUGGUUGUUUGCCAUGCCUUGCAUCACCGCUAUUAUGUGAUCCCAAUGUCUAACAUUUCUGCGCAAGCUUUAUGUACAGACCAUUCUGCAUCUGAAUCCAUGAGAAUAAUAGCACAAAUGAUGGUAGAUGGUAUAAGUGAAGAUAACUGGCCAUUGCCUAUUGUUAGAUGUCUCAGGUCAAAUAGAGCUGCCUGUUACAAUCCUAAUGCUGAUAGCUCCCGGAUUGUUGGCUGGCAGUAUACUGUUGGAGUUGAUAGUACUAAUUACAACAUUAUGGUUUAUCCAAAUUUAACUAUAGCGCAUGAUUAUUGGGAUACAUCUAGCUGGAAUUAUGGAGUAGCAGAUCCCAUUCCUGUGAGGGCUUCCUCAGGCUGGGUAUGUAUUGACAAACAUUAUCCAGACACUUAUCUUGGUAACAGUACAUGUUCCGUUUCAAUCUCUGCCUUCUCUAUGAAUGGCACAUUUUGGUGUAAACAUUCUACCACCACAAAUACCAACCCAUGCGGUAUUUGGAUGAGGGAACCACUCCCUUUGGGUUUCUACUGGGUUUGUGGAAACAAGGCUUAUCAAUCACUCCCAUCUGAUUCAUGGUGCGGUUCCUGUUACAUGGCUGUAGUCAUACCUCCUAUUACAGUCCAUACCGAUCCAUGGACCACAUUACAAUCUCAUGGACUUUUACUUCGUAUGAAAAGAGAACUUGGCAUUACCCUAACAGGUAAACAAACAUGGAAUGGUCACAUUAUAAAGGACCCCUGGUCUAGUAUAGCGCAGACAGUAGGGUGGGGAAUAUUUCUAUUUGGAGGUGUUGUAGAUGCCUUACAGAAGAUAAAUUAUUUGGUUUAUUCCACACAGAAACUAGCUAAUGAGACUAGUGAAGCUCUCCGCUUAGUAAAUGAUGAACUCCAUGCGUUACGAGAAGUAGUGCUGGAGAAUAAGAAGGUUUUAGACUUGCUGACCUUAGAAAAAGGAGGUUUAUGUCACAUUCUCAAUACUUCCUGUUGUAUCUAUGUCCCAGAUAACUAUGAAAAUAUUGAUAAAUAUGUAACAGAUCUUCAUAGACUCAUUCCAAAUCCAGAAGGAUCGCUUGAUAAGUUCUUUAACUGGGUUGGCAACAUUUUUGGAGGUAUAUUUUCUGGAAUCUUACAGCAACUGCUCCGUUAUGUACUUCCCUUUGUAGCACCGGUAAUAGUUGCUAUUGUUAUUUACUUUUGCCUCAAAUUACUCUGGUGCUUAAUGACUAAACUCCACCGGCGUAGGCGUUCCUUAUAACCAUGGAAACACUUCAUUUCCCCAAAUUUGCCUGUAUGUGGACUGAAGGGAAAGAGACCCGUCUUUAAGACGUGAAGAAAGAGGGAAAUACUGGCCAUAUUUCUCUGGAAGAGGAAAGGAUAGAUUGAUUAAACUUGCAAGAACAUACCUUUUAUAGUAUGUUCUAAGGGGGGAAUGAAGGAAGUUAAUGUGCUGUGUUGUGGGUGUACGGGUUGAAGUUGUAUUUUAGGCUGCCUAUUUUUGUGUUUCUCCUUAUAUGGUCAUGUUGUCACACCUGUUACUUGUCCUGUAUAAGCUGGGUCUAAUUUUGGCAUCAGUCCAGCUAUAAAACUGUGACAGUCCAUUGUCUUACGGGCUGGCUGGCUGUCUGGAAC